GGCUACUGUUAUGGAAGGUAAUAAAGCUCUGCUGUUUCCGUUAGGAUAGCUUGCUAGCUUGAUGUCGGAAAAUAUGUUUUUAUUAUACUUGUAGGAGUACAUGUUGUGAGGUAACAGCUGCUGGAAGACCGGGAAAUGGACUUCAACAGGACUGUUCUGGUGACUGGAGGCUCUGGAUUCAUCGGCUCCCAUCUGGUGUGCUCGCUGGUCCACAGACACCCGGAAUGGAGAAUUAUCAACCUGGAUAAUUUGGAUUACUGCUGCAGCCCCAGGAGUCUGAAGAGCGUUGAAAACAGAGCGAACUACAUCUUUAUCAGGGGGGAUGUGUGUAACCCGCGGCUGCUGAACCACAUCUUCAGUUCCAAAAACAUCGACGUCAUCUUUCACCUGGCAGCCAAAACUCACGUCGAGGCUUCCUUUGAAUCCCCGUCCACUUUCCAGCAGGUCAACGUUGAAGGGACCAGAGUUCUGCUGGGAGCGGCCCAUCAGGCCCGACACCAGCCACAGCGCUUCAUCUACAUCAGCACCGAUGAGGUGUACGGAGCCAGUCUGCAUGAGGUGUUUGAUGAGAGCAGCCCAGUGAGGCCCUCCAAUCCGUACGCUGCUACUAAAGCUGCUGCAGAGUAUCUGGUCAGAUCGUACUGGGACCAGUACAAGUUUCCCAUCAUCAUUACCAGGAGCAACAACAUCUACGGGCCCAGGCAGUACACGGAGAAGGUCAUUCCAAGGUUCCUCACCCUCUUACAGAUGGACAAGAAAUGCACUAUCCAGGGAACCCUUCCAAAAUCCCGCCACUUCCUGUUUGUCAGUGAUGCCAUAAACGCCUUCCUGUUGCUUCUGGAGAAAGGGAUUGUGGGAGAAAUCUACAAUGUGGGGACAAGCUGUGAGAUUCCCAUCAUGCAGCUGGCGAGGGAACUUGUUAGGAUGGUCAAGAAAGUGCCAGAAUCUGAAGUAAAUGAUUGGCUUGAGUUUGUGCCUGACAGGCCGCGGGUCGACCUGCGUUACCCCAUCAAGUGUGAGAAGCUGCAGCAGCUGGGCUGGAGAGCUGAGGUGUCCUGGACUGAAGGCAUCAGACAGACAGUGAAAUGGUACCGAGACAACCCAGACUUCUGGUCAGACAUCAGCGAAGACCAACCACCAAUUCGGCGUGAGUUUGAAAAUGCUACCACCACAGUGGUCCCGAUCAGCUCUGAAUCUUGACUGACAGGAAGAGACUUUUUAAUUUUUUUUCCAUACAAUUUCACGUGAUAUUUAUGUAGCACAGAGGCCAUCAUGGCUGGUUUAAAGCUCAAUGAACAAAACACUGAAUACUUCAGUUAGCAUCAGUCUUACUCUGCAGAACAUUUCAUUCUCAGCCGUCUCUGAGUUAAGACAGUGAGCAACAGGACCUGAAGUGCCAGAUAACCAAGGGGAGAACCUUCAAAGCAGACCUACAGCUGGAAAUUAAUGCACUUUAUUACUUAACUUCAUAGUAAUUACAAUCUUAGCUGAUAUUAACUGUGUCUUGUCCUGCUCAUUGUGAUUUUUUAAAUUAUAUUUUUGCACACUGUGGGCUGAGGGACAUUAAUCUCUGAUUGGUUCAACAUUUUCAUUUAGUGUUGGCAGGAUCCUGAGUCGUGCAGACAAACAGGUUCAAGUGUCAGCGCAGUAAGAAAAACUGAGGGGAAGAGCAACGCCUCACCUUUGAUUGCAUUUGGCUGAGUAUGCAGUGCAGGCACAACAGUUUAAAUUAAGACUCCUCUUUCCUGUUGGCUUUCAUCAACAGAAAAUAAUCAGGAUUGUAAGAAUAGAUUUUUAAGUUGGGCUUUGUUAACUUUAGCCUUCUUUUACCAAAUGGCCUGAAAUAGCAAUGAUCUCUGUUAUUGUAGAUAGCACAGACUCAGUGCCUUAUUUCCAGUGUACAUGGAUUAUGAACCCAAGAGGCUCAUUUUGAGACAAGAAACUGAUUUGACCUUUCUCAGCCUUUUAUCUCAUGUGUUUCCUUUAAGAUUGUUAAUGCAAGUAUUCUGGUCGCCGUUUGGCCCAGACUGGAACGACACAUUACAUAAUGGAACAGGUUUCAGAGAACAAGGGUUAUGCAGGUAAUUCCUAGAUAACCCUCUAAUGAACGGAUGUCUGCCAUUGUACAUCGUGGGCCAAAUACUGUGAUCAGAAGGCAACUGGAUCAGAGGAACUCCACACUUAAUGCCUCAUAUGUUAAUAAAAUAAGUUUUUCUACAUGACAAAGAUCUGUCAGCACAACUCUUUGGGCUUAAACCGCAAGAAAUGUGAAUAAUUGGUAGCUCAGUUUUAUAAUUUUAGUACAUUCUGGACAAAGUUUUUGUUCACUUAGUUUUUUUUUCUUUACUGUUGACUUGAGAAAAAAAAACAUUUAAGUUUUUUUAAAAAUAUUUCAUUACUUUGGUGUAUUAUGAAUGGCCACAGGGGAAGAUCUUUGGAGUUUUUGCUGAACUGGCUCAGAGGCCUCAUGUUUGACACCCCAUUGUAUGUUAGUCACCAGUAUUUUGCACUUAGUAGUCACUUCAAUCGCUUGCAUCAAAGUUGAGAAAGGUUUCUAAGCAGUUUUACUUUUGCCAAAUCUCAUCAACUUUUUACGGUCUCUCGUCACAGCAUCACUGCGAAUCACUUCCUGUGUGGACGCAGCUUUAUUCAGAGUUACAGAGGCUGCUGUUCUGUUGUUCUACACAAAGCGAAUAAAAUUGACUCCAACUUUAAGAAACGUGGCUGUCAGGUCAUUUUAAUCUGCUUAUUGAAGAAAGUGAAUGAAGCAAACAGCUUCAAGUCAUCUCAGCAAGGCUCUGUACCAAGUUAGAAAUAUGUAGGUGCAACUUCAGAUUUCAAAUUAGUUGUUUAUGAUUUUUAAUGAUCUGUGUUUUAAGGACAACAAGGGAAUCGCAAUCAUUCCUGUCAGAUGCAUUUUACGCACACUGUUUUUAUAAUUUGAUGCUGUCGAAUGUAUUUAUUUUCAAAUAAACACUUUUUAAUAACGUCA